UCCCAGAGGAGUAUUAUUGGAUGGGGUUGUAGGAGUCUGUGGGGGAGCAAAAGAGAUUUCUGGAAAAGCCAAAGAAAAAUCUGAUCCACUGAAGACUGCAUUCUUUCAACAUGACCUCAUCGUACCUAUCUCAGCGCCAGAAGCACAUAUCCUGUAGGCAGGCAUAUGCUACAUAAAUCUCAUUGUGGGUGAAUGUGUGUGUUAAGUGGCAUUAUACUCCCAGUUCCUGGCAAUCCACCUUCUUGUCAAGCCCCCUGUUUCUCUUUCUCUAUCUGUCAGGUUUAGUAUUGAUCACUGAGGGUUGUCAUGAUCUCUGGCUGUGUAACCUGAGCUGUGGAUGUUGGGAAGAAGAGAUCAGUCACUGGACAGUGAUUAGACCAUGAUAAAGCAUGUCCAAGCAGCAGGGAUUGAGUGAGUCAAAAGAAGGAAAAGAUGGAGGAGCACAGAGAGAAGGAAAACAGGUCCAAUGGUCUAACAUGUGCGAAUUGGGAAAAGGGGAAUUCUGAUGAUUCAAGUGGUCAGCAAUUUCAGACUGAAGCCUCUUUAAAACCGAUCCCUAAUCGGAGGAUCCCCUGUAGAGAAAGUGCCCCAUCUGGCUCUUUUUUUGCCCGAGACAACACAGCCAAUUUCCUUUCAUGGUGUCGAGAGGUUGGCGUUGGGGAGACCUGCUUGUUUGAGUCUGAUGGACUGGUCUUGCACAAACAGCCACGUGAGGUCUGCCUGUGUCUGCUAGAACUGGGGAGGAUAGCAGCUAAGUAUAAGGUCGAACCGCCUGGGUUAAUUAAGCUGGAGAACGAGAUUGAACAGGAAGAGAAAGCUCCUGAGCCGCCUUCCUCCCCUGUCUCUCCAGUUCAGGGCUCUUCCUUUAACAAAAGCUCCUCCUGCAGGAAAAGCACCGGCAAGCUCCUUGAUGAUGCCGUAAGGCACAUUUCUGAGGAACCUCCCUGUAAGUGCCCCAAUAAAUUCUGUGUCGAGCGUCAGUCACAGGGCCGCUAUCGUGUUGGAGAGAAGAUACUCUUCAUUCGGAUGCUGCACAAUAAACAUGUGAUGGUGCGAGUAGGUGGCGGCUGGGAGACUUUCGAGAGUUACCUGCUGAAGCAUGACCCCUGCCGUAUGCUGCAGAUUUCCAGAGUGGAAGGCAAAGUGUCGCCCAUCUCCAUUAAGUCCCCUAGCAUUAAAGACCUGACCCCUGACAGUUACCUGGUGGUGGCAGCACAUUACAGAAGCAAGAAGUAACAGAGCCCAUUGAUAGAUGAAGAAUAUGAGGAAUGCAAAAUAGGCUUUUGGGUGAAAAUGGCAAACUACCGUGUACAUUGGGAUCCAGUCAGUUAUAUAUCUGAUGAAAAAACGCAGGUUUAAAUAUACUCUUGACUAAGCAAUGGCAAUCUCAAACUAUUUCUGAGCUUUAUUUUCCUUGCAAAUGAUCAGUACAUGGAGUGCUUAAAUGAAUACAGCUAAUUUAGCUAAUUUGACACACUAUGUGUUUAAAGAGUACAGCAGGGCUGAAACAUAGUCUGGUCUUAAGGGGAAAGGGACUGGAAAAAAAAUCUCAGAAUGCAAUCUGUUGAGUCAAAGAUGACUAAUAAACACAUAUAUCCUGGAAUUGCAACUGAUAUACAUAGUGCGGAUUAAUGUAAUUUUUUUGUUCUACUUUUUUUUUAUAACUUUAUAACUUUUGCUUAAAACAGACUGAUGUAUAUACAUUUACAUUGCCAUAAUUUCUUAAUGUAUAUAUUUGUGGUACUAUAUCAUAUCUCAAUAUUAACCAUUGUUGUUUUUUAUUCUAGAAUUUAUCCACUUUAUAGACAAUGAUAUUCGUAAAUGAUUUUAGAUGAUUUCUUAUUUUAAGAACAGAUAUAAUGUAAAUGUAAUCAUAUUUUCUCUUCAAGACCAAUCCAACUUGUGAGCUGUUAAUAGAAUCUGAUGUCUGUCUGGAGUAAAAUAAAUCAUCAAGCAUUGCAGUGUUUUAUCAAUUAAAUUAAAGUAAUUGCUAUUUCUUGAA